GCGCCUUCUGACCAGAUUUUCAACCUUUCACUGACCACCUCCACCUCCACCUCCCAAACCUCCCAAUCCCCCUCCAGUCCACCGGCCGCGCCUGCCUGCAGCCACAGGUGUACACCAGCCUCUGGAGUGGCACUUUCCUUGCAACAGUCGCCCAUUCACCCACUCCUUCUCAUUCUCAUCCUCACUCUCACGUGUUGCCUUUUUCCAUUUCCACCCAACUCAGGAUUAAUUUUUCCCAACCGCCACGCAUCUCAUCCCAGACGCAUCUCCAUUUCAUCAAACAUCUUGAUACUCGCCCAAUCAGAUCCAGGCUUCAAUUCUGCGGCAGAGUGUUUAGCUUCUUUCGUGUCGGCGACAAAUUGAUGGCGCCAGCUCUCCGCCCGAUCUUUUCCCUGAGGCAGAUCUGGUUGCAGGACCGCUUUGGCAUAGCUGUGAUUCGCUAUUGCUAAAAUGGCAUCGUCAAGACUCGAUCGUCUUGUCACGCUACUCGACAAGGGCAGCACGCAGCUCAUCCGGAACACCGCCGCCUCUCAACUUGCUGAUGUGCAGAAACAGAACCCGGAAAAUCUGUUUGCGCUUCUCGGCCGUGUUCUCCCAUAUCUCCAGUCCAAGUCAUGGGAUACCAGAACAGCCGCUGCAAAGGCCCUGGGAGCCAUCAUUGACAACGCCCCAAAAUUUGAUCCUAAUGCAGAUGACCCAGACGCCGAGUCGGAUCCGAUUAAGGCUCAGGAUCCGCCUCUCAAGGAGGAACCAGACCAUCCCCCGGAUGACCUGUUUGAGCUUGACCAUCUUGAUAUGAGAAAGAUCCUGAGAGGCAAGUUAUUGCUCGGUAGUGCUGGAAAAGAAUAUGAUUUCUCCAUGGCGGGGAUGACCCCUGCUCAGCGGCUUGCCCACCAAAAACAGAGCCUGAACAGCCGUCUAGGCCUCGCUGGAGAAUAUAUUGAGCAUGACCUCGUUACCGAGAAUGACUUUGCGGCUAGCUCGCAGAACAAACCCAGCUCGCCCUCUGGCACUAUUCAAGUCGACACUAAGACCUCCCUAGACCGAUCAACCAGCCAGAGCAACGGCUCUCCCCUCACCGUAAAGUCACCAGAUGGCACCCCAGUCGAUGAAACCGGCCUCAGCAAGCGUCAGCUCAACCAGCUAAAGCGCAAAAACAAGACUGCUGCAAAGGCUGGGGCCAGUAAAAUGAGGGUUGUCGAUCUUUCAGGCCGACGGCCAACAGAGGCAGCCCAGUCACCCAUGGCCGCUGGACCCUACCCUGUCAAACUGAACGGCCAUGAGGGUGCUAAUGGUGAUAUUAAGACAGACUUCUUCAACAUCAAACGUGAAGGCCCCGAUGAUGACACUGCCCUCGUGUCUGAGUUCAAAGGAGAUGUCGUUCCCGAGAAACCAUUGAUUCAACCAGAUGAUGACAGCGCGCAAGAUUGGCCCUUUGAUGUCAUGUGCGACUUUUUAUCAGUCGACCUAUUUGACCCCAAUUGGGAAGUCCGACAUGGAGCCGCCAUGGGUCUGAGAGAAGUCAUGCGGGCGCAUGGACGUGGUGCCGGUCGACAUUUUGGCAAAUCCAGAGCGCAGAAUGACUUGGACAACAAACGAUAUCUCGGCGAUCUGUCGUAUCGACUCCUUUGUGUUUUGAUGCUAGACAGGUUCGGAGACUACGUCAGCGAUACAGUCGUCGCUCCCAUACGCGAGUCCAUUGGUCAAACUCUAGGCGCUCUCCUCUCUCAACUACCCGAUGAAAGUGCAAUGUUGACGUACGAAAUCCUUCAGCAGAUGAUAGACCAAAAGGACAUUGGCCAAAGCCCUAUUUGGGAAGUCUGUCAUGGCGGUAUGAUCGGCUUAAGAUAUUUCGUGGCGGUUCGAAAAGAUCUGCUCCUCCAGCACAACACAAUCAUCGAUGGGGUUGUCUCCGCCGCUAUUCGUGGUUUAGGACACAUGGAUGAUGAUGUCAAGUCUGUCAGUGCUGCGACCAUCAUUCCAAUCGCUGGCGAACUCACAAAGAUGAGAUCUGAUGCACUGGGACGACUCAUCUGCGUCGUGUGGGACUGUAUGCUUGACAUGCAGGACGAUCUGAGUGCCAGUACUGGGGCUGUGAUGGAUCUGUUGGCAACUCUCUGCUCAUACGACGAAACUCUCGAGGCCAUGCGAGCAAAUGCAGUCCAUGAUCCAGAGCAGUCCUUUGACCGGCUCGUUCCCCGACUUUAUCCCUUUCUCCGACACACCAUUACCAGCGUGCGCAUGGCUGUUUUGAAGGCUCUAGCAACUUUCAUGAACGUAUCCAACGGGAGUCACAUGGAUUGGAUUGAUGGACGUUUGACCCGGUUGGUUUUCCAGAACAUGCUUCUGGAGCGAAACGAAGCCGUACUCUGGACCUCCUUCGAUGUCUGGCAAGCCUUGUUGGCCUCCGUGGAGCGAUCUCCCCAGCACAACUUUCUUUCCAGCAUCGAACCGCAUAUACCGUUCAUGCUCAAAGCUACGAUCCAACCUAUCGGCCAGGAGCGAAGUCCAAUUCCCAUGGACACGAGUCUUUUGAUCAAGCCGUCGGGAGCUCCCAUGACUGUCAUCACCAGCAAACACGCUCAUAGCCAAGAACCAGACCAUCAGCCCAAGAAAAAGCGCAAACUUGACAAGCCCGAAUCGAAACAGCAGUUGUCGCACAACACUGACGGCCACAUGCUACACGGCGAGGUUGACCUCGUGGGCACUGAGGUUAUGAUCCGCAGUCGAAUCGCUUGUGCGAAAGCUCUAGGCCUGCUCCUCGGCAAGCAAGCCGCACCCCGAUUCAGUUCUUACUGGACCAGCCUGUUGCCCGAUGUCAAUUCACCGAACUCCAGUUCACGCCUCUUUACCGGUCUUGUAUUCGAAGAACUGGCUCGAAAUCGCCAGGUCGCCCCCGACGACUUGCCAAGAAUUCUGGCCUCUUUCCAGGCUGUUCUCGAUGACGAUGGCAAUCAUUGGUAUUCUGACAUAGUUGCGUCUCUUCAAGCUGCUCGUGGACAAUGCGUCUCUCUGGUCGGAGCAUUCCAGACAAACGCUCAUGUCCCCCGGGACAAACUGCCCGCGAUUGCAGUGGUAUGCCAAGGAGAGAACGGCGCAGGGCCGAAAGCCUUCUCGCUUGCCGACGCAGAGCGAAUUGUCACCACCGAUUUUGAUCGGCUUUUGAAGGGAUUGACUGCUUCUCAACGAAUCUCCGGAGUACAGUACCUGAAUGACGCCCGCGCAAAUGCGAUGACGGCUGUUGAAGAGGCGAAGCGGGUGAAGAAUGGGCGUGACCAAGCGAUCAAAGCCUCUGUUGCCUCGAUCCUUGUCCGUCUUGGAGAGGUACCCAAGAAGCCUGGCCAGUUGAUUAAGAGCAUCAUGGACAGCAUCAAGGGAGAGGAGAAUGAGGAACUGCAGGCAAGGUCUGCUUCAGCCGUUGCUGCUCUGAUCGACUUUUAUACGCACAGCCCCAAACGAGGUCCUGUGGACAAGUUGGUCUCAAACUUGGUCAAGUUUACUUGUGUCGACACGGCAGAGACCCCAGAAUUUAUCCCCAAUGCCUCGUUUGAUGAUGUAGUUUUAUCUCUGAGGAAGGAAGAGGACAGAAAAGAUCAUCCUGAUGCUGCUCGGUUCGAGCAAGAAGCUAAAGAAGCGAGGAUAAUGAGGCGUGGCGCAAAGCGUGCAUUGGAUGACCUCGCCGUUGCCUACGGCGCAGAUCUUUUGCAACGACUCCCUGUGCUCAAGGGACUGAUUGAUGGUCCGAUUGAACAGCUCAUCGGCCCUACAGAUCCAGCAACAUUUGAAGUCGAUGGCGAGCAAGGCCAGACACUUGUCGAUGCCUUUUCAAUCCUGCGAACCAUGGCACCCUCCCUGCAUCUGUCUCUGCACCCAUGGGUCCUGACAUUGACCCCUUUGAUUGGGAAGGCCAUGCGCAGUCGCCUCUCUGUCAUACGCUACAGUGCUGCCAAAUGUUUUGCUACCUUGUGCAGUGUCAUUCCUGUGGAGGCGAUGACCAUGCUUGUCAAAGAGGUUCUCCCGAACAUCAGCAAUCCUCUUGAUCUCAGAGACAGGCAAGGCAUAACUGAAUGUGUCUAUCAUCUCAUUCAAGUUAUGGGCGACAGAAUACUCCCAUAUGUCAUCUUCUUAAUUGUGCCUGUCCUUGGCCGGAUGAGUGAUGCGAACAGUGACGUUCGUCUACUGGCGACAACCUCGUUUGCGACCCUAGUCAAGCUAGUUCCCCUCGAGGCAGGCAUUCCAGACCCUCCAGGGAUGCCGGAGGAACUGUUAUUGGGUCGCGAAAGAGAACGAAAGUUUAUGGCGCAAAUGCUGGAUCCCAAAAAGGUUGAGCCUUUCACCAUCCCCGUGGCAAUAAAGGCCGAGUUGCGAUCAUAUCAACAGGACGGCGUCAAUUGGUUAGCCUUCUUGAACAAGUACAAUCUCCAUGGAGUACUGUGCGACGACAUGGGCCUCGGCAAGACGUUGCAGACACUCUGCAUUGUUGCCAGUGAUCAUCAUCUGAGGGCUGAGGAGUAUGCCAAGUCUCAGGCGCCUGACAUGCGGCGUCUCCCGUCUCUAAUCGUCUGUCCGCCAACACUGUCGGGCCAUUGGCAACAAGAGAUCAAGCAGUACGCACCGUUCUUGAGUUGCGUCGCUUACGUUGGCUCUCCCGCGGAGAGAGGAAGCCGGCGUCGGCUGCUCGAAACUGCCGACAUUGUGAUCACCUCGUACGAUGUAUGUCGAAACGAUAAUGAUGUUCUCCAGCCGAUCACAUGGAACUACUGUGUGCUCGACGAGGGACAUUUGAUCAAGAAUCCAAAGGCCAAAAUCUCGCAGGCAGUCAAAAAGCUGAUGAGUAACCACCGGCUCAUCCUCUCGGGCACUCCAAUUCAGAACAACGUGCUCGAACUAUGGUCGUUAUUUGAUUUCCUCAUGCCGGGAUUCUUAGGGACCGAGAGGGUGUUUCAAGAUCGAUUUGCGAAACCAAUUGCAGCAAGCCGCAAUGCCAAGUCGUCGUCAAAAGAGCAAGAGGCUGGCGCGCUCGCAAUCGAGAGUUUGCACAAACAAGUACUGCCAUUUUUGUUACGGCGUCUCAAAGAAGAGGUCCUGAAUGACCUGCCUCCUAAGAUUUUGCAAAACUACUACUGUGAUCUAAGCGAGCUCCAACGACGUCUGUUUGAGGACUUUUUCAAGAAAGAACGAACCACAGUGGAGAACAGCGUUGGGUCAACGGACAAAGGCGCGAAGCAGCACAUUUUCCAGGCGCUGCAGUACAUGAGGAAGCUGUGCAAUUCACCUGCUCUUGUCGUCAAAGAGGGUAAUAAGCAGUACGAUGCUAUUCAGAAGCAACUGGCUCAAUCAAAAUCUAACCUUCGAGACAUCGCGCAUGCUCCCAAGCUUGGAGCGCUUCGUGAUCUCCUUGUGGAUUGUGGUAUUGGAGUCAGCAACGAGUCGAACGACAUAUCGGCAACCAACUAUGUGUCACAGCAUCGGGCGCUCAUCUUCUGUCAGAUGAAGGAGAUGCUUGACAUGGUGCAGACCGAGGUAUUGGGCAAACUGCUGCCUGGGGUGCAAUACCUACGGCUAGAUGGCAGUGUCGAAGCGACCAAGCGACAGAAUAUUGUCAAUCAAUUCAACAAUGAUCCUAGCUACGAUUGUCUCCUCCUUACGACGAGCGUGGGCGGGCUUGGGCUCAACCUGACGGGAGCAGACACGGUCAUCUUUGUUGAACAUGACUGGAACCCACAAAAAGACAUUCAAGCUAUGGAUCGGGCACAUCGGAUUGGACAGAAGAAGGUUGUGAAUGUCUACCGACUGAUCACUCGGGGUACACUGGAGGAGAAAAUUCUCAGUCUGCAAAGAUUCAAGAUUGAUGUUGCAUCAACGGUGGUCAAUCAGCAGAAUGCUGGACUGGGAAGUAUGGAGACGGAUCAGAUAUUAGAUCUUUUUAAUCUGGCAGAGACAUCGGAGACGACCGGAGAGAGUGGCAGUGGGGGCAGGGAAGAAGACAUGGUCGAUAUUGAGACGGGUGAAGUGAGGAAGAAAGGCGAGAAGGGUUGGUUGGACGAUGUGGGCGACCUCUGGGACGAGAGGCAAUACCAGGAAGAGUUCAACUUGGACUCUUUCGUCCAGAACCUACAAAAGUAGCAGGCGACGGCUGCGACAUAGAGCACGGUAUGUACCAUUAUGGGACGGGUCAGCAGUUGUACUCGACAUUGGAUUGGGAUGGGCGGGAAGUGACAGGCUUCUGACAAACAUGUGUCUCGACUAUAAAAGAAUAGAUCUCAAUCCCUGACCAGGCGUGGCGUGGCGGUUAGCUUAGCGAUGGAAGGGUAGGAAACAGGACCUUUUGCUCUUCUUUCCUCCGAUAUACACCUGCUCCAGUG